AUGAACCGUGGAAUGUUCAAUAUCAUGGACCAGGCUCUUGUGGGUCACAGAGGCAACUUUGUGCAAGCCGAAGGAGGUUUCUGGACCAUGCCAGCAGGGGGCAUGCCAGGAGGUGCAGUCACCACACCCAGUCUGCCCGCAGCCAUGAACCAUGGAAUGUUCAAUAUCGUGGACCAGGCUCUUGUGGGUGACAGAGGCAACUUUAUGCAAGCCGAAGGAGGCCUCUGGACCAUGCCAGCAGGGGGCGUGCCAGGAGGUGCAGUCACUGUUGGGCUAGAGAACCCAGGGCGCCACGGUGCCUACCCUCUUGCGAGUACCCUGCCCUAUCAGGCUGUCAGUGUUCCUCACAUGCUGGCACAGCUUGCCCAGCAGCAACAACAGCAAUACAGCAAUCAACAGGGUACACCUGACAAUACUGCAAAGGAGAAGGAAAUGGAAGCAUUGGGAGAGAGCAUACAAAGGGAAGCGUCAGCCGGAUUUUCUAUCCCAGAAGGCAGCAGCAACGACAGGAAUAGCCAGAUCAGUCUUGAUGAAGUGCAGCAGCAGUUGACAGGGUUUAGAUACAACUCAAGUAUAAUGAGGUUCCUGAAGGAGCAGGUGGCCAUUGCACGAGGGCAACAACAGCUUGGCAUUUUGUCAGAUGCCUCAUCGCGGAAAUUGGAUGCUGUCCUGAAAAAGGGAGAUCGCCUCAUCAAAAAGCACUCGAUGCCAUUUGACAUCAGGCGCUUCUACAGGAUUUGUGAAGCUGUAAAUGGCGUUGAGCUGUUGUGUGAGCAAAUGACUGACUUCUUUCCAGACAAGAGGUCUCUGAUUGCAUCAGUUGUGCCAGGGGAUGAUGUUGACAGGGACAGGCGGCAUCUGUACGUGCACCUUGCAUAUGUCCUCAAGGGAAGGCAGUGUGAUUUUGGCUGCAAGGAAAGGUUCCGGGCAGAAUGGGAAUCAAUCCGAAAACAACAUGAGCGGCGUCUGACAACCCUUAAUGUGAUUGCUGAUGCUGACAUCGUUGUUGGCCAGAGCAUUGGGGAAGGGGGCUAUGGGCUGGUGCACAAAGCCAAGUGGGGAACCUCCGAGGUGGCAGUGAAGAAAUUGAAAUCAGCCCACAAUGGUCUGGAUAUAUCUAUGGAAGAGUUCGCUUCAGUUUUCAAUGAGGUGUCCACACAUGCACUGCUGAAUCACCACCCUUGCAUUGUCCGAUUGUAUGGGAUCACAAGGUCUGGAUGGACUGUCAUGGAGCUCGCUGAUGGCGACCUGAGCUUGCUGCGCAGAAACAAGAUGGCCUGGUCUGUGAAGCUUGACAUCCUGGAGCAAGCAGCGUCUGGGCUAGUCUAUGUGCACAGCAGACAGCCACCUUUGAUUCACGGCGACGUCAAAGAUACAAACCUUCUCUACAUCAAAGUGGGUGGAGGGAAGUAUGACGUCAAACUGGCCGACUUUGGGCUGACAACGGAAGCAAGAAGGUGGGAAACGGACACGGUCAGAUCCACUCGUGCGACCUCCCUUUGGAAGGCUCCAGAGCUCUACGAUGGCAAUGCCCCCUCCCUUCGGUCUGACGUCUUCAGCUUUGGCCUCGUCAUGCAUGCAGUCAUGACAGGUCGUCUGCCAUAUGGGCGUGGAACCAAUGAGCUGGCAGUGAUGAGGAAGAAGCUCGACGGGCAGCGCCCCUGCUCAGUCACGCAGCAUGACUGCCCCCUUGAGCUGUGCGAACUGAUGGAGCGCUGUGUUGCCAAGGUCCCAGAGGACAGACCCACCAUGUGCGAGGUCGCCAAGUGCCUUUCAAACCUGCCGAGAGAAUGGCAGGCGGGGCAGUAG